CUUUUCCCUCUCCUUCACAGUCCCUCCCCAUCUCCAUCUUCCUCAACCACUCCAUUUCCAAUUCACCAAUUUAUUCAUUUUUUAAUUCCAUUCAAUUCACUGAAACUUUGCAAAAAUGAGUAAUCGAAAGCUAAUGGUGGAGAUAUGUAACGCCAAGAACCUGAUGCCUAAAGACGGUCAAGGAACAGCGAGUGCAUACGUAAUCGUUGAUUUCGACGGCCAGCGGAGGCGAACGAAGACGAUUUCCAGAGAUCUGAACCCUCAGUGGGAUGAAAAGAUCGAGUUUCUGGUUCAUGACGUUGCGUCAAUGGCAACGGAGAUUCUAGAACUCAAUGUUUAUAACGAUAAUAAAAAAACCGGUAAACGAAGCACGUUUCUCGGAAAAGUUAAAAUAACCGGUAGCACUUUUCCACAGUCCGGUUCAGAGGCAUUGGUUUAUUAUCCGUUGGAGAAGAGAAGUGUUUUCUCGCAGAUUAAAGGCGAAAUCGGGAUCAAAAUUUGUUAUGUAGAUGAAGAACCACCGGCUGAUCCAGCGGCGGAGGAGAAGAAGCCGGAGGCGGCUGAAACUCCAACAGCGGAAACAGAGGAAAAGCCGCCGGAGGAGAAAAAACCAGAGGAAGAAACAAAAGCUGAAGAGAAACCGGCGGAAGAAGAAAAAAAAGAGGAGAAAACAACAGAGGAUCAGAAGAAAGAAGAUGCUCCAGCGCCAGCUCCGGCGGCAGAGGCAGCGGCUCCGGCGACUCCACCACCGCCGCCUCCGGUGGAGAAUGCUGCUAUAGCUCAGUCACCGAAACCGAAGCAGGUGGAUGAGAGUCUUCAAUUGGCUAGAAAACAUUCAAAUCUGGAUCCUGAUGUGGUUUCGCUAUCGAAUCAUCACCGUGGAAGCAGCGCAUUCGAUUUAGUCGAUCGGAUGCCGUUUCUGUAUGUUCGGGUUGUGAAGGCGAAAAGGGAAGACAAGGAAACCGACGAUUCGACAAUUUACUACGCAAAACUGGCGAUCGGAACACAUAGUAUCACCACCAAAGAGCAAUCUGCAACCAAACCUUGGGAUCAAGUAUUCGCAUUCGACAAAGAAGGUUUAAAUUCGACAUCUCUAGAAGUUUCGGUUUUCGACAGAAAGAAAAAGGUUACAGAAGACAACAAAGAGGAAGUUACAGAAGCUUGUUUAGGAACGGUGUCGUUUGAGUUAACUGAAGUGCCUAAAAGAGUGCCUCCGGAUAGUCCGUUAGCUCCACAAUGGUACACACUCGAAAACUCACCGGAGAAUUCACCGGUGACAGAUGUCAUGUUAGCCGUCUGGUUAGGUACGCAGGCGGAUGAGACGUUUCAGGAGGCGUGGCAAUCGGAUUCCGGUGGGUUGAUUCCGGAGACCCGAGCCAAAGUUUAUUUGUCUCCGAAGCUGUGGUAUUUGAGGUUAACGGUUAUACAAACCCAAGACUUGCAGCUAGGUUCGGGACCCGAGCCUAGAGUGAAAAACCCGGAGUUGUUUGUUAAGGGUCAGCUCGGGCCGCAGCUGUUUAAAACGAACCGGACAACGGUUGGGUCGUCUAGUACUAGUUCUAAUCCUACGUGGAAUGAGGAUUUGGUUUUUGUUGCGGCUGAACCGUUUGAGCCGUUUUUGGUGAUUAGUGUUGAAGAUGCAUCUAACGGUCAGACUGUUGGGCAUGCUAAGGUGCAGGUUGCUAGCAUAGACAAGCGGACAGACGAUCGGUCAACGCUUGGGUCAAGGUGGUUUAAUUUGGUUGGCGAUGAGAGUCGUCCCUACGCAGGUAGAAUUCAUGUUGGAGUUUGUUUGGAGGGUGGGUAUCACGUGCUUGAUGAGGCGGCUCACGUGACCAGCGACGUCCGCCCCACCGCGAAGCAGCUGUCUAAACCGGCAAUCGGGGUGCUUGAAGUCGGCAUACGUGGGGCCACUAAUUUACUGCCAGUGAAAACGAAGGAUGGGACACGUGGCACGACCGAUUCCUACGUGGUGGCUAAGUACGGGCCGAAAUGGGUUCGGACACGAACGAUACUUGAUCGGUUUAAUCCACGGUGGAACGAGCAGUACACGUGGGAUGUGUAUGAUCCGUGCACGGUGCUCACUAUUGGUGUGUUCGAUAACGGGAGGUACAGGAUCGGGGAAGAUGAUAAGCCUAGUAAAGAUGUUCGACUCGGGAAGCUUAGGAUACGACUCUCGACGCUAGACACGAAUCGGGUGUACAUGGGUUCGUAUUCACUAAUCGUGUUGCUACCAAACGGAGCCAAGAAAAUGGGAGAGAUUGAGAUCGCGGUGAGGUUCUCUUGUUCAUCAUGGAUUAGUCUACUCCAAGCUUACUCGACCCCGAUGCUACCGCGGAUGCAUUAUGUGCAUCCUUUGGGCCCGAUACAACAAGAUAUGUUGAGACAUAAUGCUAUGAAGAUUGUGACUGCAAGGUUGGGUCGAUCGGAGCCAGCAUUGGGUCAAGAAGUGGUUCAGUUUAUGUUGGAUUCGGAUACUCACACUUGGAGCAUGAGGAGAAGCAAGUCGAACUGGUUUCGGAUAAUUAACGGCUUGUCAAAAGCAGCCACUUUGGCAAGAUGGCUCGAUUCGAUUUGCACCUGGGCUCACCCACCAACGACGGUCUUGGUUCAUGUGCUCCUCCUGGCUAUUGUCUUGUGCCCACAUUUAAUCCUACCGACAAUCUGCUUAUACGCCUUCUUGAUUGUAGCAUUGAGAUACCGUUACCGAAUGCAGGCCCCGGUUACAAUGGAUCCAAGGCUCUCCCAAGUUGAUUCUGUAGGACCUGAUGAGCUUGAUGAAGAAUUCGACGGGUUUCCAAGUUCAAGAACACCAGACCAAGUCCGUAUCCGGUAUGACCGACUACGAGCCCUAGCGGGCCGGGCUCAGACACUGCUCGGUGACGUGGCAGCUCAGGGAGAGAGGCUAGAGGCGUUAUGCAACUGGAGAGACCCGAGAGCAACCGGAAUAUUUGUGGUGAUUUGUCUGUUGGCGUCGCUAGUGUUCUACAUUGUGCCGUUUAAGGCGUUUCUCCUAGGGUGGGGAUUCUUCUACAUGCGCCACCCCCGUUUCCGUGGCGACAUGCCAUCACUGCCGGUCAACUUUUUCAGGCGACUCCCACCGCUCUCAGAUCAGAUCCUAUGAACCAUGGUUAUUUUGAUUUAAAUGUUUUGAUUGUUUGUUUUAGUAGCACCUUCAGUGCACUUCUGUUGGAUAAAGUGGGAUUCUUAAUUUAUUUUUUCUUUCUGUAA